AUGGACAUCAGUAAGGAUGGCAGUGGACACUCCAACACUGGCUGUCAUAAAGGCAUUGUUGCAGUCUGCAUCAUCCUUUUCCUUAUCGUUGGCAUCUUUGCAGGCCUCGCUAUUGCAUACCUGCUGGAGGAACCGCAUGAUUUCUUGGAAACCGUGGAGCUGAAGGGACUCAAGUACAGUCCUGAUCUGGAGGAUGGAAACUCUGGUUUCUCUAUAAUACUUUCCUCAGCUUUAAAGUCCAAAGUGAGGGCUGAAAUAUCAUAUGCAAGGUGUCCAGAAAAUGCUUACACUUGUGAAAACGGGGAAUGUAUUGCCAAAAAAAACCCCGCGUGUGACUUCAUCCCCGACUGUGCAGAUGCAUCUGAUGAGGCUCGCUGUGACUGCGGCUUACGCCCGGCAAUGGGGAGUCGGAUAGUUGGUGGUGAGGACGCCCGCCAAGGCGAGCUGCCCUGGCAGGUCAGUCUGAGGUACCACUGGAGGCACACAUGUGGAGCCUCCAUCAUCAAUGAGCGCUGGAUCAUCAGUGCAGCACACUGCUUUGAAGGUGCCAACAAUCCCAGUGAAUGGACAGCACUGGUUGGAGCCAAGCUGGCCAACGGCAUAGAGGCCGAGUCAAAAACUAUUAACAUCAAGUCGAUAAUUGUCAAUCCUGAAUACGAACCCAUGACCAGCAACAACGAUGUGACUGUCCUGGAGCUGGAGACGCCCCUCACCUUCAACUCCUACAUCCAGCCUGUCUGCAUUCCCCCUCCGUCCCACGUCUUUGAGCCCGGUCAGAGCUGCAUUGUGUCUGGGUGGGGCGCUCUGCAGCAGUUUAGCACACAUGUCCCUAACACGCUGCAGAAAGCGUUGGUUAAGAUCAUAGACUCCAAGGCGUGCAAUCAGUCAUCUGUGUACAGAGGUGCUAUUACUCACAAAAUGAUGUGUGCUGGAUUCCUGCAGGGGAAGGUGGACUCCUGUCAGGGUGACUCUGGAGGGCCCCUUGUGUGCGAGGGCGGACCCGGGAGGUUCUUUCUGGCCGGGGUGGUGAGCUGGGGUGUGGGUUGUGCCCAGGUCAACAGGCCUGGAGUUUAUGCCCGCGUCACCAAGCUCAGAAACUUUAUUUUAAAAUACACAGAUCCAGCUUUGGUCAAUGACCAAGUAAAGCCUGGUCCAACAAUACCAGCCCCAUUGACCAGUAAGUCCUCUGGGAGCCUCCCAGUGCCUCAGAGCAUGGCAAUGGAUGAACCUGCUGGAGUCCCUCAACCUGCCACAAACUGCAGUGAGAACUUCCAAUGUGGCUCCAGUUUGUGCAUCAGUAAAGUCAACCCGGAGUGUGACAGAAUCCCCGACUGCCCCAAUGAAGCCGACGAGAAAAACUGUGACUGUGGUGUUCGUCCUGCGCUGGGCGUUCAGCGGAUCAUAGGUGGAGUCACGGCUCGGCGGGGAGAGUGGCCGUGGACUGGCAGUCUGCAGUACCAGAAACAACAUCGCUGUGGCACCACGCUCAUUCACAAGAAGUGGUUACUGACUGCUGCACACUGUUUUAACAGUGAUUCUAGCCCCACUGAGUGGGCUGUAAGCCUCGGGUCUGUGCUGCGGUCUGGGUUAGGCGCGUUGGUUAUUCCCAUACAGAGAGUGAUCAUCCACCCAGCUUUCAAUGGCACCAACAUGGACCAUGAUGUGGCUCUGGUGGAGCUGGCAGUCCCGGCCCCGGUGUCCUACACCAUCCAGCUGGUGUGUCUUCCCUCGCCGGCGCAUCUCUUCCUGGAGAACUCAGAGUGCUACAUCACAGGCUGGGGAUCCAUGAAGGAAGGAGGCUCUCUGACCAACCUGCUGCAGAAAGCUGCCGUGAACAUCAUUGAUCAGGAAGACUGUCAGCUGUCAUAUGGCAACGUGCUGACUCCCAGCAUGAUGUGUGCCGGAUUCAUGGCGGGAGGACGGGACACCUGCCUGGGGGAUUCUGGUGGGCCGUUGACGUGCCGCCAUCACUCUGGCCCGUGGUUUAUCGCUGGUGUGACCAGCUGGGGACACGGAUGUGGACGAACUGGUUUUCCAGGGGUUUAUACUCGGGUGACCUCUGUCAGGAAAUGGAUAUCAACACACCUACCUUUUUGAUGAGGGAGGAAAAAAACUGUCUGUAGAGAAAAACUUGUGGAAACAGAGGAUUUUACUGGUACUUCUUCUCCACAUUCCCAUACUGUACAAGGACUAAAGUCAUGCCAAAAGCCAGAUAAACAUUCCCUCAUUUAACAAAACCCUGACCUAUGUGUCAUUGGUGCUGUUUGCAACACUGUGCAAUAGCCUAACCUGGACCAUUCAACAUGUACUGAUGAAACAAUCAUCAGCUAUGGGUAACUCACUACCAACAGUUGCAUGAUUAAAAUUAUUUAUUACACUUAUUUAUUUUCCUGGUAGGUAUGAAUACUGGUAAGGGUGCUGUUUCUUUUAUUUUUAUACCGUCUGAGAGUACACUGACCAGCCUCAGCAUUAAAAACCACUGAUCAGCAUGGAUCUGCUUAUUGCAGUGCUGCAUGAUGCUGGCGAUCCCUGCAUCCUGACAUUUAUAGGGAUGUUCUGAAUUCCUGCAAAGUUGCACCUUUCUACACAAUAUUAAUGUCUCAGGUAUGGCACAAAAAACAAUUUUAUAUGGCCUCCAAAUUUGGAUUGCAACCUGAUUGUGCAACAAUGGGAUGUGCAGUAAUAUUAUAGUUCUUACUCAUUUCUUAAAUAUGAUUGCCUCUGUACCUCAUCUUUAGAGGUAAUUUAUUUUUUAAAAAAAGGUUGGAUUUUUAAAGUUUUCAGUGAGAUUAAGAUGCUACAGGCUUUUUACUCAUCUAUCCCAGCUAAGCUAGCAAAUUUAUCUGAGGUUGUUAGAAAGAUCUGGGGUGCACAAACAUUCAGCUGGUGUUCAAUGCUGUUGAUAAACUGUGUACUGUUCUUAUAGGUUCAUUUAUUUUUCUUUAGAAAUUCAAUGUCAUAUUUUUAAGACAAGAUGGGUUUUCUUGGGAAAGUGUGUGUAAAAUCUACUUAGACUAACUUGAGCUUUAUAAAUGAAACUUGUAGUGUUCUUUCAAUCAUACUUGAUGAGACACACAGAGAAGUUUCUGAUUAACCAGAUUUAUUCUUUUUUUUUUUCAAUUAAAAUAAUUUCUUUUUGCACACAAUUCCUCUGCAGUCGGUGCUUACAGGCUUCUCUCACUCAAACUAUGCAGGUGGGUUGUACUUCCCUGUAUGCCUGAGCAGCUACACACACAGAGCUGAGAACAGUGCUGUAUCCUGACUGUGUGAAGCAGAGCCCGGCUGAAACAAGCCCACCACUGUGGAAGGGCAGCAGCUAGAGUAACACAUAGGAAACAU